AUGCAUUUGCCAACAACAGUAAUGCAGCUUGUAUACUUGUCCCUGGUCAAAGACGCAUUGGCCAUCUCCCAAGGCACAGCCAUAAGUGAUUGGCAUCAUGAGUACCCAUUCUUUGUUGUAUUUGGGGACCAGAUCAUAUGCGGUGGUUCAUUGAUAUCCACUGAUCCAGCAUGGGUGUUGACGGCUGCACAUUGUCUAGUGCCUGAAAUUGCAGCUGAGCAUGUUUAUGUGGUGGAUGAUGAUGACAACAGCGAUCCAUGCAAUGACAAGCAUUGGCGACAAAAAAGUAAAAAGAUUGGCAUUACGCAGAGCAUCAUCCACCCGCAUUUUGUAACCUACUCCACCACCAAUGAACAAGCCCAAGCCCCAUCAUCAUCAUCGUCAGCACCAUCCAAGAGUGCAAAAUCGGCCUUGGAAAAUUCCGUAUAUGACCUUGGUCUCGUGCAGCUUGCAUUACCUGUGAGGCAUUGCAUUGCUAUUGGUUCCACGAUGGAUGAUGACACUGGUACCGAUGCUCGCUUUGUGGGGGUGGGCUAUGAAAAUGACAAUCAAUUACCCGAUACCAUUCAAAUGGCAUUCAUGACGUAUCCAAGGUAUACCACCAAUCGCCUAUGGAUGACUACAACCUUUUCACACAACACGGCGCUUUGCCAUGGAGACUCAGGAGGGCCGCUGCUGAUAGCUAGUAAAAGUGGAGUAUUGUUGAUGACGGGUGUUCUCAGUCGAAUUUUCAAUGUCCAUGACCAAGACCCAAGCAGGGGAACGUGUCCUGUACCCGACCAUGGAAAGACCGUUUAUAAUGCCUUUGUCAACAUUGACCAGCAUCUCGAUUGGAUAUCGAAUACAACUGGCUUACCGAAAACAGCACUUUCGCUACAGCAAGGAAAGAAGCAUAAUCAAGUGGAGAGCUUUUGUAUGCAUCCAAAGCAUGGUAGUAGUAGUAGUAAUGCUAUUAGCAAUCGGUUCUCACGCAUUACUAAAGACACGGUAGCAACGGCAUCCCUUUUGGUGUUGGGGUUACUGAUGACGACCAACAUUCUUGUCAGCUAG